AGGUAUAACACGAAAAUGUUAAAAGUUUUCCCAUUGUUUUUAAUAAAUGCGAGUACCCAGCGCACAGAUAAGACAUUAGUAUGCCUGGAACUACACGCUAAACAUGGCGAAGAGCAAUCAAGAUCGAAAACUAAAGCACCUCUUCGAUGGAGGCGACUGGAAUGUUUACCAACCCAACAUCCUCAAUCUCGGCGUGGGUGCUCCGGGAACUGAUCUCCUGAGCUCCAACUGCGACAGCUUCAGGAAGGCCACGGAUCAUUGUCUGGAACGCGAAAAGCGGGACAAUCAGUCGCUGAUUUUUCAAUAUGGACCCACGAGUGGUACGUUUGAGGUGCGCCGUGAGAUAUCCACCUAUUUCACAGAAAUGUUUGAAAGCCCCGUCAACUGUGAGGAUCUAAUGAUUACCACAGGAGCUACUCAGGGCCUUCACCUACUUCUCUCCACGAUGAUAGACUUACAGGGAUUUGUAUUCGUGGAUGAGUACUCAUAUAUGAUUGCUUUGGAUAGUAUAAAGCACUUUAAUAGUUUAACCAUAGUUCCUGUAAAACUAAACGAUGAUGGGGUGGAUCUUAAUGAUCUUGAGGAGCAGGUUUCUAAAAGGCGUUUCAGUUCGGAAAAGAAAGAGUUCUGGGGAAUGUACUACACGAUUCCUACCUAUCAUAACCCAACGGGGAUUUUAUUCUCGCCAGAGGUUUGUCGUGGAAUUGUGCAACUGGCUCGCAAGUUCGACUUCCUGGUGGUCUGCGAUGAUGUCUAUAACAUUCUGCACUAUGGUGAAAAACCGACCCACUCCCGCCUGAUGUCCUACGAUGAUAGAAAGGAUGCCGACUUCGCAGGCCAUGUCAUUUCCAAUGGCAGUUUCUCUAAGAUUCUGGGUCCUGGCGUUCGCCUGGGUUGGUUGGAAGUUCCUGCGCGUCUAAAACCGAUCCUGGAUGGAUGUGGAUUUGCAAACAGUGGGGGAUGUUUCAACAACUAUACAUCCGGAAUUGUCGAGAGUCUCUUCGAGCUGAAGUUGGCCCAAAAGCAGAUAGCUGUAUUUUAUGAGGCCUACAAGGAGCGAAUGCUGGCCACCACGCAGGUUCUGCGCGAUGAGCUGCCCCAAUGUUGCAAGUUAGUAAGUCCCACUGGAGGAUACUUCAUUUGGGUGCGAAUCCCCGAUUGCCUGGAUUCCCGAGAGUUUCUCAAGUACUGCCUGGAGCAUCAGAAGAUUUACUUUAUAGCAGGACCACGUUUUUCUGUGGAUGGACAAUCUGGUAAGCAGUUCUUCCGAUUGUCCAUCGCGUUCUAUCCGAAGGAAAAACUGGUGGACGGAGCCAGGAGACUCUGCCAGACUCUAAAGGAUUACAUAGUCACCCAAAAGAUCCCCCAGGGCGUAUCUUAAUAUGGCAAUAUAUUUUUAUUAAUAUGCUUGCUAUCGUUCUUUAAAUAUGACUUAUAAAGAUGUGACUUGGCACUAAACUACUUAUCAAGACGUUAUCUACUAUAUAAAGAGAUAUUAUGAUAUACACA